GUUCAUUUUGAAACGGAAGAUUAGCACAUUAUGUUCCAUGAAAUAAGUGUGACAGUUGUGAGGAUAACACAUGUGAAAUGCAUUCAACAUAUCGUCAGAUGACCGCAAGCAAACGGCGAUAACUCAUUUGAUCUUUUGCUUCUCCCUGAAUAACUCGGCUAAACUGCUGUGCUUAGCGAGUUGGCAGGCUGACGAGGUUACCUUAGCUAGCUAACUUAGUUAGCUUGUUGGCUAGCAAGUGAAGUGAAUGAGAUUCUUUGUUUCGAUGAUCUGUGGGUCAACACAACCGCUACCGAUGGUAUCGUAUAGUUAACCGAAACCGCAAUAAAUGAAGGAAUAUAAAACCGCACUAUUGAUUUGCUAACACCAUUCACAAGAGGUUGGAGUCAGGUGAAAGAGCCAGGUUUGUGUUGUCAUGGGAAAUUGUCUAAAAUCACCCACAUCGGAUGAUAUCUCCUUGCUACAUGAAUCCCAAUCCGACAGAGCCAGUUAUGGAGACGGGACAGACCCAGAUUUAGAGCCUCCUCCACCUUAUGAGGAGCAAGCCCACAUGCCUGUGUACCACCCCACUCCCAGUCAGAGGUGUCUGGCCACACAGCUGAGUGAGGAGGAGCAGAUACGCAUUGCCCAGCGGAUUGGUCUCAUCCAGCACCUGCCCAGAGGGGUGUUCGAUGCUGGCAAGAACCCCUCAGAGAAGAAGAUCAGAGAGUGUGUGAUCUGUAUGAUGGACUUUGUGUAUGGGGAUCCCAUCCGGUUCCUUCCCUGCAUGCAUAUCUACCACAUGGACUGCAUAGACGACUGGCUCAUGCGGUCAUUCACCUGUCCAUCCUGCAUGGAACCUGUUGACGCCGCGCUUCUCUCCACCUACGAGACCAACUGAGCGCCUGCUAAAACCUCGCUCAAGACCUCCUUGCUGUUCUAUGCUGACACCUCCCCACACCCACUCUCCACUCCUCCCCCAAUCCCCCAGUCUCCCCAGAGACACUGAGAAACACAGGAGGGACUUUCGGAGACACUGAGAAACACAGGAGGGCCUUUCUGAUAAGGUCCAGGAGUUCAGAGGGUCUCCCAGCAUCGUGAACUAAGGACGUUCUUAAGGUUAUGGCUCUUGACCACUUUCUGGAAUCUGUACUUCUGCACUGUGUGCUGCAGUUGAUCAGGCAAGCUGAUGAGGAGGAGGAGAGGGAUGGACAGCAGAACCUGGUCAUUCAGUGCACUCACUAAUUCAGAAGAACUGACAGAUUCUGGUGCCCUCAGUGUUCUUUGUGUGUGAUAGAGGAAGCCACAUGAAGGGGAUGAUCUUAUGAACACCAUUGUCCCUCAGUAAUCCUUACAGUUCUUCAGCCCUGUAAAAUGUGAGAGAGAGUGUAUGGCCUAAGAAUGUUUUCAGACCAGUUGAGCAAGUGAAGUGUCUCAUGUCCAAAUGUUUUGCCCUCAAGCAUGCACAGCGACAUCUGUGCUCCAUAUGUGAGCAACCAUUUGUUGAAUUCACUUACUGUUUGUUCUGAGGUCAACAGAUUCAAUUGGCUGUCAUAACUUCAAAUCAAAGCGGCGAGCAGACUGGCCGUGCUGGAGUCGAUCUGAAAGAGGUUCCAGUGUAUUGAAUCUGGAUUAUACAGAGAAGCACCAGGUCAGUAUGGACAGAUAUAAGAGCUGAAUUGUGCCUGGUUAGGUUCUCCUGCUCUGGUUUAGAGAAAGUUUUCUAAACAGUGGCUCUUCGCAUGGUACCUCUGCACCCUUGAUUUUACUGUAACCACAUCACCCCAAAAACUAAUAUAGCCUCGGAAGCACCAUCCACUGAAAAAGACAAAGAGUGAAGUGAAGAAGAUGAAGGUUAAGAUGCUGUAGAGAUUUCAUACCCAGCGUCAGCAGGGACACUCAUUAGUCCCUUAUAUUCACUCAUUAGAACCUUAUGGUUCAGUAUUAGUGUUAGGAAGGGGAGUAAUAUAUAUAUCUACCAUUCAUUCUGGAGGGCUCUGAGUGCUUGAAGGAGGAGGAGCUCCAGUACAGCAGUCUCAAAUUACCAUAGGAAAUGCUUGCACAUGCUUAUAUUACUCGAUCUAGAGAUUUGCACUUUACAGAAGAUAGUAAUGGGAAUUGUGUAUUUAUGUAUAUAACCUUGUGCUUGUCUUUCCUCUGUUCCUCCUUUUGUGCACAGAUCCUUCUUUUCAGUAAUGCUGAUGGAAAUGCUACUAUAUGUCACAGUUCACUUGUUAAACACUGCGCAUUGUCGUCAUCUGGUGUGCUGUGGCAGUAAUGACCAUUGUAACACUAUGUUUAAAACUGAUCUGUAAUACAGUGAUGAAACCUUAUUGACUCUCUGAGUUUGAA